CAGCGGCCGCUGAAGGUUCUGGAAGGUGGAGGGAGCGGGUCAGAGCGGUACGGCGCACGGUAAAGCGGGCACCGCAGAGUAGGCACUGACACUCCGGCCACGGCCCGAUGGGAGGGCAACUACUGCUGCCGCUGCCAGCAUAACCCAGCGAGCGGGCUCAGUCUGCGGCCGGAUGGUGAGGAGCUCCGUCGAACGGAUACUCAACAGCCACUACUUCGGAAAAGAAAGAGACAAGAGCCCAGCCGGCAACAUGAUAAACACGCAGGAGAGUAAUAUUCCUUCCUUGAGUGGUACAUCUCAGCAGCAGUACUGCAGGCACCUCAGUCCAGGGCCUCUGUGGUGUUCCGAUGCCCCUCACCCAUCAGUGAAGAUCCCGGGUGGGCGAGGGAAUGGAAGGGAUCACACUCUUACAGCUCUCUUACAUGCGGAUGAGAAGCUAACUGUAACGCAAGAGCUACCAGUAAAUGGAAAGCAGCGCAUUAUCCAUUUUCGGUACAAGUUAACAGACUCUAAGGUAUCUGAAUGGGAUGCACUUUCCUCUGAGAAGAGUCUGUUUGUGGAAAUUCCUAAUGGUGUUUUGGCAGAAGGAAGCAAAGAAGGGUUAACAGCGCUGCUAGAAUUUGCUGAGGAGAAACUGAAGGUGGAAUAUGUAUUUGUCUGCUUCUACAAAAACAGAGAGGAUCGAGCCUUGCUUCUGAGGACAUUCAGCUUCAUGGGCUUUGAGAUUGUGAGACCAGGCCAUCCCUCGGUUCCAGCUCGGCCUGAUGUGCUGUUCAUGGUGUACUCCAUUGACCAGUCUUCAUCUGAGGAGUAGCAACCACAUCAAGGGACACUUUACUGUUUCCCACUUUUUAAUUGUAGCUCUGGUGGGAGAGGGUAGUCCUUAGUAUAAAUGCUGUGUAAUACCCAUAGCUAUGGCCUGUAAAAGGUGCAGAUUUUCAUUGUCUUUUGCGUAAGCAAAAUUUGAUCAUCUUGCCUAGAUGUUCUUUAGGCAAUCUGGGCUGAAUUCAGCUUCAUAGAUUGAUACUGAGCAGGAAUAGUUUGUCUCGAAUUACAAAUUUGUCAAGGUUUUUUUGUCAUUUGUUUCUUGAACUGUGUGACUAUUUGUCAUUGCUGUUUACAGAAAAUGUUAAGCCUGUGAAUUCCUUUCACAUUGUGUUUUUAUGUAACUUCUAGAAAGCUGUUUAAAAAAUUAAAGUAUUUCAAAUUUA